AAAUGCUGUAAAUGUUUUAAAACUUCUCCAUCAGGUUCUUCCGCACGGUCCACAUGCGCGCCCGUUUGCCAAAAAUAUACAUCGGUAUCGCUGUCAGCAGACAUGCUAGUUGGAUGCCGCCCACUGCCAGGAAGACGGUCCGCGCCCCGUCAGACUCGAGCCAGUCGACGAAGAAGAGGGAAAAGACUAGCCCGUGGAAGAUGUCUGUGUCACAGAUCUGUUAGAAAUGAAGAGAAAAAAAAAAGAAGGAAUGAAGACAGGAAGCGUACUCUUGCUAAAGUUCAACGUUGUCAACGCCUCCCCCGCAUACUGCCGGUAGCUGUCGACGCAAAAAGUAAUUGA